UGGCGUUUGUUCUCUCCAUGACCUGAUGACCUCUAGCUCUGAGUCCUUUUUUUGCUGCUGCCCCCCCCCCCCCACACACACAAGUUCGCGUGGUUGACUUGAAGGAAUGGUCUUCGCAAUGACGCCGGACUCCUCUCUAACGUCUAUGUUCUCAGAUUUAAGCUCAUCGUCUGCGUCAUCGGUAUAUUCGCUUGGCUCUAGUCUCAAUGGUUUCCUCUCUCCGUACCUGGUCCUGCUAGCCUUUCUGGCAUUGGUACUCGUACGGCUUUUCCGGCUUUUGGAACCGGCGGAGGUGCCCGAGGUGUUCCAUAGUUCCUCUGGCUUUGCUCAAGAAAUUGUCAGCAAAUGUCCAAUACUGGCAGAGAGGUACCGUCCGACGAGCCUGUGGGGUAAGAACCGGCACAUACAGAUCUGGAGCUUUGGCGUGCUGGGCCGCCCGUCCACCCCUCGGCCAGCGCACUCUCUGCAUGCGGGCGUCACGGACGACGGCACCAGGUUCACGUUCGGCCUGUUCGAGAGCAAGGCCAGGGGCGCCUAUGUCGGCGUGCCAGUUGCCAAGCAACCGGUGACGGUGCUGUGCCCGGGAAUCGCCGGCAACUCGUAUUCGUCCUACAUACAGACGUAUAUUGAUGAAAUGCUGAAGCAGCUGCCCCACAGCCGCGUGGUAUCGCUGAAUCACGUUGGCACGAUUAAAGACGAGGAGCUAUCAUCAGCCAGGAUCUUUUCUUAUGGUUGCACAUCGGAGUACAGUGCGGUCGUCGACUGGACCCGCGAGCGAUUCCCGGGUCACCCGUUGGUCGCGAUCGGCUUCUCCAUGGGCGCUAACAUUCUCGUCAAGUACUUGGCGGAAAGGCCUGAACGGCAGACCUGGUUCAAGGGCGCCAUGUCGUGUUGCCAAUCGUACAGCGCCAAGACGUUGUCGUGCUACCUGGAUAGUGGCGUAGUACCUCGGCUGUACAGCAGUGUACUGGUCAUGUUCAUGCGUACGGUCGUCAGCCAGCACCGCGGCAAGCUGUUCGGCGAGAGAGCACGCAUCUCCGGGGCAAAGAACACCCUCGUCCGCACCACCGCCGCCACCACUCCAGCUGUCGGCGGUCGCGUGUGCUCCAAGAACGCGGUGUCCUGCGCCGGCGGCUCGAGCUGCCCGGUCCCGCCGCCUGACGAGACGCGAGCGCUCAGCGCCCACGGCAUGGUCACCUUCGACGAGUACUUCAGCCGACGUAUGUGGCAUUUUGACAGCAUUGAUGAGUAUUACUCGUCUGAAAGCUGCGGUACAAUCAUGCACAAGGUGACCAAUGUCCCGAUCUUGUUCGUGAACGCUGCUGACGACCCGCUGGUCCCUGCGGAGGCCCUUGAGUUUCCUUUGCAGCACUCUCGCAAGAACGAGAACAGCGUGUUUGUCAAGACCCGUCACGGCUCGCACUUGGCGUUCUACGAGGGCGGUGUCGUGAUCCCUAACACCGUCUCAUGGCUCGAUCGCCUCUCAAUACAGUACUUCCGUGCUAUUCUCGAUAUGCCAGCGGACUCCCAAGGUGACCACUGAUGCCUUGCUCACCGUUGACUCAUUUUUUUAUUUUUAAACCCCAGCCUAUAUCGUAGCCUGGAGAGUCGUGAUAUCACGACUCCUUUUCUAGCCUAGAGAGUCGUGUUAUUACGACUCCUUUUCCUAGCCCCACUAGCCGGCGUACAUGGAGCAUGCCGAUUCAUGCUGAGAAAGCAGGCGGGUACUGCUACAGAGUACGGUGUAGCGCAAUUGUACAUGUAGGUGUGCUGCGUACUGUGCUCGUGCACGCGAUCACAGCGUGCGUUCAGUUGUCUUUAGUUUAGUGCGGCACUGGUGUCUGCGGAAAUGCAGUGUAUAGUCUCGCCGUGUUGUUGCACCGGCUUAGUCACCGUUGUGUGGUUACACAUCACCGUACCGUAAUAGUCAGUAGCACAUCACGACACUGCGAUGGACGGCAGUACAUCACGGUUCCGCACUGGUUGCUGUACAUUGCCGUACCGUACUUGCUGGUAGUUGUGCUCUAGCUUGGACUCGCUCUACGCCCACUGUGUCGUCGAGGUUGUUCCGCAGGCCAGUGGGCAUCCUGGCACUAGUAACGUUAGUUGCUCUGCUUUGUAGUGUUGGCACCCAUUGUACUGUUAGCAUCUUUGAUGUUCUUUGCCGUAUGGCCAAUACGAUGGGCUAGUAGGGCAAUUGCACUGCUCUUGUCACAGUGUUAACACUCAGACCAUGCUCUCGGCGUCAGUUUGGUGUUAUCAGUCGCCGUAACGGCAAUACCCUAGGGACAGUACGAGCGAGUAGCACUGCUCUCGAGUCUUGUCACGGUUGACGCUCACCAGGCUCUUUUUAUAUUCGUUGCAUUGCCGCAUUAUCAGCAACGGUGGUACUCGCGUGGUGCUGCUCUCGCCUUGACACUCGCAAGCUCCUGUUGACAUUUGAAGAAUCAAAAAUGAAGGUGUUCCCGGCCCUAGCUUUCGCACUCGGACUCACCAAUUAUUUAUUUCAACUAGAAUGAUUAUAGAGCAAUGUAGUUGCCAGCAUGCACAUGUUGGCUUUUAUUAGGAGUUCAUGAAUUUCAUUCUCUAUCCGCUGCAGCUGGCAGUCUCUCCUGGACCGCUAGUAUUUUAUGGCUCUCUUUGCCUCUCUUGAUCUGAUCACAAUACACCUGUACUACUUAUCAA